CGUAAAGGCCCUCCUGGAGGUAGAAGCUAACCUGGCCUCCAGAACUCUUAUAACAUGGGGGAUAGAAAUUAAAAGUGUGCAUUGUUAAUAUCAUCUCAGUGGCGUUUGCACUUAGGAUUUUGCAUAUUGCCAGCCUACAUCUUAAGGGUUCUUGCCUGUAAAUGUAUCCACAGUGUGGUUCUGUUAUGGGAUUAAUAGCAUUCAGUAUUCACAUCAGGAGGUAUUGCUCCUUUCAGUUUUCCCAUGUUCUGCUUCCAAAGCCUAUCCCACUUUGAUCAGCUGAAUCUCAUUGACUCCUGGAAAAGAAAGAAGCACUGAGGUUUGGCACCAGUUCUGGAUGACCUGUCCAUUGUCCCUCAUGGAGAAGGCAGGACUUUUUGUCACAAGUACAAUGCCAAACAAUGUGAUGGGUGGAAUGUGAGCAGAGGCAGGUGCUGAAUAUAUUACAAAGGACUGUCAGGAAGGCAAUGUAUGCAGUCACCCCAGAGACAUGCAGGCCUAUUCAUAAAAGCUGGGGCUAUACAGAGUUGGAUGUAAUAGGCAGACUUUGUGAUCCUAAAUUGAGUUUUGGGAUAGGAAUUCAUAAUAGCUAUUCACUUGCAUAAAUAUGGAAACAUCACUGAGGUCUGUUUCUUCGUGACUUUCAGGUUUGACUGGCUUGCAGGACAGCAUACCUAUCAGUUUCAGGGAGUUUUUCAGAUAGAGCCAGUGUGGAGAAAAUACUGUCUGAAAACAUGGCGCUUGGUGUUUCUCUAUCCCCUUUCCUCACGUUAUCCAUAUUUAUCACUCAGGGAGAAACAAAGCUGCUUCUAUUAUUUCUUCUACUGCUCAAUUUCUCUUUCACCACUGAACUAUCCCAGCAAUUUCAGGAGUCUGGAAUGCCCUAGGGAGGGUAAGAAUAGCCAACAAUGGCAGAGAUAAUUCCUGUUGCCUUUUGUCUUGCAGUUGUCGGGCCAGAGGUGAGAGCAAUGAAUUGGAUUUAGCUCUUGCAUUUAGCCGCGCUUUCUAAGGAACACUUGUUCCUCUCUGCAAGUUGCAAAGCCUUAUUUCAUUCCUCUUCCUUCUGCACAACUUUUAAAUAUUUUCCCCCAAUGCUUUCACCCUUUUCCUGUGUAGGCUGUUGUGGUUUUUGUAAAUGCUUGAUUUCUUCUUACUCCUUCAAUAAGGGAAGAUUCCUGCAACCAAACAUGGAAUGUUGGGACUCACUUGGCUUUUUAAUCAUUGCUCUCAGCUACAAUGUCACAAUUAUAGGGAAGAUUUGGUUAACUCUUGUGAUCUUGCUGAGAUUUAUGGUGAUAUUCUUAGCAGCAUAUCCUCUCUACCAAGAUGAGCAGGAACGCUUUAUCUGCAAUACUUUACAACCAGGAUGCUCCAAUGUCUGCUAUGACAUUUUUGCUCCAGUGUCACACUUUCGUUUCUGGCUUAUUCAGACUGUGUCCAUCCUACUCCCCUAUGCUGUAUUUGGUGUUUGUGUGUUGCACAGUGUGGUCAGGCAAGUUGUGAAGGCAUAUUCCUCACCUUACCGUCGAUACAAAGAGAUCAAAACUUCAGUAAGCCCAAAAGUUACAAAGAAAUUCAAAGGCGCGGGAAGGAGCAGAAUCACUUGCAGGGCAAAUGAAAUGGAUAUUCCUGAUUUUUCAGGGGCAUAUACAGUUCAGCUUCUUUUGCGAAUAUUGAUAGAAGCUGGUUUUGGAGCUGGCCAUUAUUAUCUUUUUGGAUUCUUUGUUCCAAGACGUUUCUCCUGUAACCAGUCUCCUUGUACAAGUUUUGUUGACUGCUACAUCUCCAGACCCACUGAAAAAUCUAUCAUGAUGCUUUUCAUCUGGGGACUCAGUGGCUUCUCAUUUCUCCUCAGCCUCGUCGACUUGGUUUUUGCCUUCCGGACUAACGCUGUCAGAAACCAAAGGAAUAAGCUGAUGUUGGAAAAGUUCACAGCUGAGGAGAAAUGCACCCCUGACCUGCACCAAGGUGACAAGCCAAACAAAGAUUUGCUCGGCCGUGGGAGCACUGCCUUGCCAGACAAUUGUGGCAACUGUUUGCUUGGCCAUGAGGUUAAGGAAGGCUAUUCUUUCCCGCCUAUAUUGACUCCUCAGCAAACGAUUAACUCGAACCUCAACAGCAAUAGUAACAAGUCUUGUCUUGCAACUGCUAAUCCAGAGAGCAAAGUGGUGCCUUUCUAUGGAAGUGAACAGCCAGAAACUUCAUGUGAGCAACCAAGAUGUGAACAGCAGACAUGUUCUCUCAAGGGAGUCUCAACAUUUAAACCUCAGGAUGGCUGCCAUCACAGAUCUCAUUCCUCUGCCAGUUCCCACAAACCCUCAGUACAUUAUUCUGUCCUUGAGAGGAAGGCUUCCGACAUUCAUUCUGUCUGUAGUAGUGCUGUGUGUCCAAAAUCCAAGAAAUCUGAAUGGGUGUGAAAAAACAAAAUGGAGCAUGAUGUGUGGGAUGGUACAUGCUUUGUGAUGCUAUUGAUGCUACCUUUACUGUUACAAUAAGGAUACGAUUUGAAAUGGCAAUAGCAACAUAGGAAGUGUUUGGUUUCCUGGAUAUGAUAUAAGAUAUCAUAUCCAUAUAUGAUAUAAGGUAUCGGGUUGCAUACACAACUCCACCUGCAAAUUCUGAAGUGAUCCAGGAUCUCAGAGGUUCCUGCAUGAUUUAGAAGCCUGCACUCUCUGGGUUACAAAACUUGCAUAGAAUUUGUGUAAAUCAGCUCCUGCCUCUUCCAGAACGCUGUGUGUUUGUGUGUGGCAAGUAGCAGAGAAUAUGGUCCCUCUUUCUCUAUUAUAUAAUUGAAAUUUUGUUAGGGGAGAAUAUAUGGUAAGGGCUUGUUACUGGGGGCAUUUGAGGAAAUUCUAUGCAGGUGUGGAUUUUUGAGUCAAAAUCCAGCAUUCUGAAACAUUCACCUUUUGUUUCUUUCAUAUUGAUUUUUAAGCAGUUAGUUUCUAGACAAGUGAUACUCCAUAUUCUGUUGGACUACAAGUCUAACAUCUCUCCAUGUUGGCUAGGCUGGCUGUGGUUGAUGAGAGUUGCACUCCAACAGUAUCCAAAGGUCUACAUGUUCCUUUUCACAGUUACAGACCUCAUGGUUAGAAGAUAAGUUUAAAAGAUCAGGUUUUAAUCUGGUAAAAGCUCACAAACUCAAAUACAGGUGAGUAAGAAUCCCUAUGAUUUUCACUGCUCUGCCUGGUUCUCUUUCUUUCCUUAAGAAAGCAGCAGAAGAAGACAGAAUUACUGCAAGUUAAGGUAGAAGGUGCAAACUUAAUCAAUUGGCAAAAUUUGCUGAGCUCUCUAAACUGAUUUUUCUUACUGCAUAGAUUUUUGGUUACCUAUGCAGAAUUACUUUUGUAGAGCAAAAGUGGAAUGGAGGGCAGAACCCUGACCCAAAUUCAUCAGUUGAGCAUUAUUUUAUAUAUUAUCUUCACUGCACAUAUGAUGCUUUGUCCAUUUCCUUGGAAGGAUCAUGGCUUUUUCAUGUACUUGAAGGGGUCUCCACAACAAACUGAGAAAGCUUGGUUAAUACAAGUUUGCUCCUCCACCUGCAUGCUGGUGUUCACAUACACAUGCCAGUGGUCUGGAUUAGGGUACUUGAUCAUUCAGUGGUCUCCAUGAAGAAACUUGCAGAAAAAUAACCAAAGUACAGUUUUUAUUUUUUUUAUUUUUUUAAAAAUUUUAUUAAUUAAAACAAAAACAAUACAAAAUUGACAAAGAAAAACAUACAAAAAUAUCUAUAUAUACAUUUGUAUAUAUUAAUGAUCAUCAAUAUAUCUCCAACUCUACACAUCUUACCCAUAUCUAAUCAUAAAAUACUUCACACUGGUUGUUCUCAUCUUUUAACUUUGUAAUACACUGAUCCUCUCCUAUUCUUUAUCAUCUCUUGUUUACUGCACUCUUACAAAUAUCUAGAUUUCGUUACCAUUCACCUUAUUUAUCUUCCUUACUUUCUCGUCAUUUUAUAGCUUCUUAGAAACUUUCUAGUUUUACCUACAAAUCUUAGCUCUCUUAACUAAAUCAUAUUAACAUUACCCUUACAUUUCUGAUAACCAUAUCUUUAUUUUAUCUAUCUGUUCAUCAACUAAAUAAUAAUGUCCUUAACUGUAAUUCUAAGUACAUACUGUACAUACAUUGAGCACUUUACUUCUCUAAAGCCAAGUAUAUCUGUUCUAUGUUACCCUUUUACAUAUAAUCCUUCCAACUCUCCCAAUUUCUAUAAAAGUUCUCUAAAGGUUUAUUCUUUACCAAAUAUGUUAAUUUAUCCAUCUCAUACAAAUUCAGUUUCCAUUCUUCUAUCGUGGGGUAUUCCUUUUUCCUCCAAUAUUUAGCAUAGCUCAUUCUAGCUGUUAUUAUUGCAUAUUGUAAUAUAUUUUGGUCUUUUCUUUCUAUCAAUACGUUUUCCGUCAUAUUCAGGAGAUACAUCUUGCUCUUCAUGUCUUCUUUAAUUCCUAAUAUUUUCUUUAUUUCUGAAUGAAUAUUAUUCCAAAACAUUUUUGCUUUUUCACAUUUCCACCACAUUUGCAUAUAAUUGCCCACUUCCUUUUCACAUUUCCAACAUAAGUUUUGGUUUUGUUUAAACAUUUUUGCUAAUUUAUAUGGGGUAAGGUACCAUCUGUACAUGGAUUUAUAAAUGUUUUCCUUCAUUUCUACCUUUAUCACUUGUUUAAUUUUGGUCUUCCAGAGUCUCUCCCAUUCUUCUAAUUGAAUUAUUUCCUUCAAUGCAUUAGCCCAUUUUACCAUAAAUUCUUUGAUUGUUUCAUCUUCCAAUUCAAAAUUACGUAUUAAUUGAUAUAAUUUGGAGAUUUGUUUUCUCGGUUGUUUUAUUAUUUUUUCCACUUCCACAAUUCCUUCACCAAUUCCAUUUUCUUAUGUCAACCAUAAAUCUGUCUCUAAUUUGUCUAUAUGCAAACCAAUUUAUCAAAAAGCACAGCUUUUAAAAAGCAAGUAUGGCUGUAAAGUGGCAAUCAUAGACCAUUUACAAGGAAAGAGUUUACACCUGAGGUUGAAAUUGCAUAGCCUUCCAGAUGUUUUCACACCAGAACUCCCAUUGGCUGUGUUGGCUAGGACUGCUGGACACUGCAGUCUUAACAAGAUUUGGAGGGUCAUACUUUACCUCUCUCUGAUUUGCCAUAUGGAUGGAAACAAUGUCCUCUAGAUUGCCGCUUGCAUCCACUUUAGACAGCAGUCAGAGAUAAGGAGACUUUCAAUCCAACAUCUGGUGGAGUAUCACAGG